AUGGGUACUACGUGGUCGCAGUUCUUCCCGCCAUCUCCAGCGCUGACGGAGGUCAAUCUCCCCAGUCAGCGGCAGAAGGUCUUCAUCGUCACUGGUGGAUAUUCCGGCAUGGGUCUCGAGCUAUCUACAUUUCUCUAUCAGAAGAGCGCCAGGAAGCAAUCAGGUCGAUCAAAGCCACGAAUACCUCGGGAGGGCGAGCUUGUCUUUCUGCCCCUCGCUCUCGAUGACUUGAGCACUAUCAAGCCUGCCGUGGAGAUCUUCACGGCAGCAGAGUCCAGGUUAGACGUCCUGUUCAACAACGCUGGGGUCUCCAAUCCGCAAAUACGAGCGCAAACUAAUUUUUAG